CAAAAUGUCCAUGUAGGCACGAGGGCAGACACGCCGUCUCCAGACACAGCUUAUUUAGACUUGUUAUCGUAGAGAGACUACCGGUAUUCGCCGAACUUUAUUGAUCGUUAAUACGUGGCCUAUAACCAUGCUCUCCACGGCAAUCAUCAAUUCUUCCUGUCUGAAGGACUCGGAGAUCUUGUCGCGUAUUGCAGUUCUCUCAGUGCUUUUCGGCGCGCCAACUCGAGAAUGAAGGCGGCGUUUGCGAGUAGCGACUGGCAAGGAUGGACGCAAAGUCGGUAGACAUGCUGGAUUGGAGAAACAGCAUCCCCAUCCCAGGUGCACAGCCCGGGAAGAAGAAGACAGCACCACUAAGAAAAUCCUUACGAUCGAUGGCUGGGAAGCUUACUCUGCAUUGCAUCGUCCAUGCGGCCCUACCGACGUUUCCGCUCUCAAAUCUGAGCCUCAUCACUUUGAGGCAUCCAACAGGAGGAUGGCUCCUUGAUAUUCCUCAGCAUUCCUACAUGAUCCUUACGGCAUCCUCAUCUCCAAAGCCGGCCAAACACUUGGGAUCAUUUCGAAUAAUCGCAGAAGGCAACUACAUCGCACGCCUCGAGGAUGACCGCCCCGGCUAUCUGACAUGCGCCCCAGUGCCCGACUUGCGAAACUCGAUCGGAUCGCCGCCUCGCAGACGACGUGCAUCCACGCCCAUCUACGGAGUACUAAACAUACCAGCAAACAUGUUUGGUCUGCACUUUGCCGUGCAUGUGGCUGAGUCGUAAGCGUAGAUGAGGCAAUCUAUCCGUCCGUGGACCCCAUGCAGCCCUACGGAAGCAUCUACCUAUGUAUGCAUCUACUGUGU